GACUGUUAUCCAUCUGACUCAUUGGGUAGGUGGGUGGAGAAAUAACCAGUGACUCACAGUAGACUUAUUUGUCAGCUCCUCCAGUCAGUGCUUCUCCUCAGAGGCCAGAAGCACCAUGACAUGAACGAUCAUCAUGUGCCUUGCAAGAGAAUCUAGAGGGACAUCCAUGAGCUUGACGUGGGAACAUAUUCUACAGCAGAGCUGCAAAGUAUCGGCCCUCCAGCUGUCAUUGGAUGACAGCAGCCAUCAUCCUUGACUAUUGGCCACUAUGACUGAGGAUGAUGGGAGAUGUAAUCCACAACAGAAGGUUAUUGGCUUGUUCUAUAGUGUCUCAAUGUACUGCUGAAAAGGCCCCAUUGCACUUCUUUCCUUAACUCCCUCAGAGCCAGAAACUAUCACUGGAUCUCUGGGCCACUGAACGAAAUGGCUAAUUUUGCCCCUUUUGCUCAGCAUGUGUGGAAACUUUUUGUGUCCAAAAGAAAGCCUGGCUGGAAGAAUCUUUUGCAUCUGUUUGCAAUCUGCAGCUCUGUUAGCCUCAUAUCAAAUGUGUGCCUGUUCCUGGCUGGGUAUUCCUUCCUACUAGAUUAUCCUGUAUUUUCCUUACUUACAUCCACACUCCUCUGGAUCAUCCUCUCCAUUGGUCUGUGCUCCUCCAGACGCCUUCGCUGCUUCAUUGCUCUCUUCUUCCUUUCUUGUGGAUUGCGCGAAGGGAGAAAUGCCCUGAUUGCUGCAGGGACUGGUGUAGUGGUAACCAGCAACAUUCAGAACAUUUUUUACAACCUAAAGCAGCUUGCAGAUAGCGUUACUUGCAUUCUUGAAUCCCAGCGUUUUUCCUUUCUCAACCACUACAUUGCAGCAAUUUGGUGGAUUUACAAGCAGAACAAGUUGGGCAAUCCCUUUAAAGAUGCCAUGUCAGUGGAGGACAAGCUGAAUGCAUCUUACUCCAUUUCAGAUCAGGAUGUGAGGCAGAAGCUCAACCAUACCAGACUGCGCAUUCAGAAUGUCACAGACCAGAUCACUUCCAUCUUGGCCUUACAGCCUUAUGUGGGCAAGAAAGUGCUCCCUCUUCUGGGGACUAUUUUCACUCUUCUCGGCACAUACCUCUUCAUCCGAAGAUUCCUGAACCCCCACAACAUCAAGUUUAAGAAUAAAUACAUCACCAACGAGUUUAUUAGAUACAAUGAACAACAGUGGCAACAACGAAAGCGCUCUGUCCUUCCCCUCAGUAAAGAAGAACGAAAAGUGUACACAAUGGUCCCAUCCUUCUGCCAGACGCACAAGGAAAGGAAAUGCACCGCUCGCUUUUUUCUCCGUGUGCUUGCUAACCUUUGCAUUUGGGCUCUCUUUACAGCAGUAGAUUAUUUGCUUUACUGGCUCAUUUUUUCAGUGAGCAAGCAUCUCCAAGAUUUCCCUGAGCUAGAGGUCCAUUUGAAAUUGUAUUACCAUAAAAACGAUGAUACGUUUAUCUUCAACCAUGGAGAAAGAGUGGAGAAAAACACAGCCUUUAAGAUUCCUCUCUUUGAGCAGGCCUGUGUCCCAAAACCAAACUUUUCCUUCUCCGCCACGUGGGUCCAGCUUGGAGUCAUCCUCUUUCUUUUAACAGUGCUGGGGUUGUUGGCCUCAACCCUUUUGCAGCUUAAAAUUCUCGUGACAACCUCGUUCUUUCCUAGCAUGGGCAUGAAACGGAUAGCGUAUCUGCAUACAAAGUUAUUAAACAGGAGAUCAAAGCUCCCCGAGAGAAACAGGCCAAGGAAACUGAAUUCAUUUGCAAUGUUACAUUUCUGGUUCCCAAUCCUCCAGGCAAUGAGAACUGUCAGGAAGAAAGAAACCGAUGUGCCACAAGACAACAGCAUUUAACACCGUAAAGAAAAUCUUUAAAGACAUUUAUGAUUCUUUGAGUGAACAAACAGUCUGGUGCAUU